GAUGAAGAAAGAGAUUGAAUUGGCGCACCCGUGGCCGGAAUGGGUUGCGUUGAUGGAGAGAUUGGUGCAGCAGAAUUACUUUGAUCAUAGGAGGAAAGAUGAGGAUCAAAUGAUUGAGUGUUUGGGUUCGGUUGAUGUUUCUGGGUUUGCUGAAGAAGAGGGGUUUGAUUUUACUAGGGAUUGGAGGACUGUUCAUGCUGCAAUUGUUAAUUUUGGGAAAGAUCGGUUCGAUAUUUUGAGGAUAUUCAAUCAUUUGUCGGGUUUGGAUGUCCCAGUGCAGACAAAAAGGUGGUUUUUUCUGCAAAACUGUUGAGGAAACAUGCUCAUCUUGAUGAAGGAGAUGUUUGCAGUUCCUGCAAUUUGAGAACCAAAUGUGAAAGGGCGUAUUUGGUUACAAAUAAGGAAGAUGAGGCAAGGACGAUUGAUGUGAUGCGUGUCUUAUUAACUUAUGGCUUUGAUCCUAUAAAUGGAUCAGUUGAAAACAAAUCUUUGUUGAAGCACAAAUCUGUGAAAGCAGUAGUCCGGAAAUUGCUUCAUGAGGUUGUCAGGUUAAGUGCAGUGCCAAUAGAUCCCAAUCUCCCUCCUCCAGUGAUCAAGAAGCGCCCACCGAAGGUGAAGCAGCCACCACCUCCACCCAAGAGACGAGUGGGACGUGAUGACAUUGAGAUGAAAAAGGGGGACUGGUUAUGUCCAAAGUGCAAUUUCAUGAAUUUUGCAAAGAAUAAUGUUUGCCUGCAAUGUGAUGCGAAACGUCCCAAGCGGCAGCUGCUGCCAGGAGAAUGGGAAUGCCCUCAAUGCAACUUUCUGAACUACAGAAGAAAUAUGACUUGUUUCAACUGCGAACAUAAGCGGCCACCUGAUGAAUACAUGGAGAAUCAGAUGCAAAGCAGGCCGCAGAGACCAGUUACAAGAAUGGAAAGGGCUCCGGAUAGGGAACAACUUUCCAAUGCCUGGAACUUUGACUUUGAUGAUGAUGAAUCAGAUGGAGCAGAUGUUGCAGCUUUUGAGUAUGCAGAUGCUCGUGCAAUGAAUGAAGAUCAUCAUCUGGAUAAUCCACCGGAAAAUGGUAACUUCAAUAGGCCUCAGGACAACCAAUAUGGGUUCAGCAGAACCCCAAGGUUUCAGGAGAAAGAGCCUCCAAUGCCUGUACAAGCAAAACACAGUACUGGCUUUGAUGAUUUUGACGAUGAGGACGAUGACAUUGAUAGCUAUGAAGUAGAUAAUCAAAACAGAAAUCAGAACCAGGAAGCUUCGCCUCUUCGCUUUUCUGAUGUGGAAAAUGAAGGUUAUUCCGACGCUGAAGAAGAUGACAUUCCAGGAUUUAGCAGACCAAGAUCUAGUCCCUAUUCCAAGUCUUUCAAUCAACAAGGUUCUGUAUCUGAUUCAGGGGAUGAUGAUAUAGAUUUUGAUUCAGAAAAGGACCUUCCAGUUCACCCUAAGUGGAAAUCAAGUCACGUUGCUGAUUCUGGUCGUAGAAAUAAAGCUUCACGUAACUCAUCAAAAAGAAUGAGUUUUGACUCUGAUGAAGAUGAUGAUAAGCUUGCUUUUGGGAGCGAUGAUGAUAUUGAAGAAAGAUUCUCAUCUAGACGGCGUAGGGAGAGCCAUUAUGACUCUGAUGAGAGCGGCCUUGAACACGGUGAGAAUUAUAACCAAACCAGAAACCGUAGUGGGUUUAAUGGAAGUUUUGUAAAGGGCAAUGACUUUGAUCAUGACUAUGGUAGAUCUUCUCGAGGCUCUCUUGGUAGUCACAGGGACUCAAUUGAAAAUGUACGUGGGAAUUCGAGUAUGAGGGGAGGAUUCCGUGGUAGACAAAGGGAUUCGUUUGAGAGUUCAAGUAUGAGGGGAGGCUCUCGUAGACAGAGGGAUUCAUUUGAUGAUGAACAUGGAGGUUCGAGUACGAGGGGAGGCUCUCGUGGUAGACAGAGGGAUUCGUUUGACAGUGAACAUGGGGGUUCCAGUAUGAGGAGAGGCUCUCGUGGUAGACAGAGGGAUUCGUUUGACAGUGGACGUGGGGGUUCGAGUAUGAGGGGAAGCUCUCGUGGUGGACGGAGGGGUUCGUUUGACAGUGAACGUGGGGGUUUGAGUAUGAGGGGAGGCCCUGGUGGUAGUUGGAGGGAUUCAUUUGAUAAUAAACGUGGGGAUUCAAGAAUGAGGGGACGUGAUAGUCAGAGGGGCUCAUUUGAUAAUGGACGUGUGAGCGGGAGACAGAGGUCUAAAACAUCUGCAGGACAUGGAAGACAGAGGUCUAAUGAGUCAGAUAACGAUUGGUCAGAUCAUGAUAGACCCUCCAGGCCACGGAGAAAUGCAAGAUGAUAACCCUGAGUGUACAUGGAUCAUCUCUGUUGUUGGCUCUCUCAGUAUCUUGAAUUUGAUACUAUAAUCCAUGGUUUUUUGAUAUAUCAGGUUGAUAAUUAUUCAGUUCUGACAGAAAAAUUAAUGCUUUCAUAUAUUCAUCAUGUCUGAAUACAAGGUAGUUACAUCAUGGAGUUCUGGAAAUUGUAAGCUUGGCUGGAACUGCUCUCUGUUCGACAUAAAGGAAGAAAAACAGAAGUGAGGGAUUCCUCAUCUAUUGCAGAUUUGUAGCAUGCUUAUGGGCGCAUGUGAGCAAAUGUGAUAGCAUAACUAAGAAUAAAAAUACGGAGUGCACCGUGCACAAGAUCCUUGUGUUCAUAUGUCACACUUCGGGUUGAUAAAUUACUCGGCGGUUUCAAGCUCCAACAUACACCUGAUAAUCUGUGUAUGUGUAUCUGCCUGCAGAGUGUAAAUGAAUGAUAGAUGACCUUAGGCUACAGUCACUACACCCAAAAAAAAGUACAAGGGGGGGAUUCCCCCACCGCGCCUUCCGCCUCUCUCAAAACCUUGAUGUUAGCUAUGUUUGAUAUUCUUUUCCUUGUUACAAGUUUUGCGAAACAUUUUCCUAUGUUAUAAGCAUUGUUAGAAUGACAAGCCAAGCAGAUUAUGUGAGAAACAUUAAAGUUUUAGUACUUCAUUGGUCAAACCAAGCACAUUAUGUUACAAUGACCAGCCAAGCAGAUUAUGUGAGAAUCAAAAUUGGUCAAACUUAUUAAAAUCAUGAUAAUUAAAACUAGCAAUAGAUUUGUAAAAACCAAUUUUAUGGUUUUCCGAUUUUUGGUUUUUUGGCUUUGCAUGUAAUUUACUUCAUUGGACUAUCACAUUUUCAUGACAAAAAUUCAAUAUCUUAUAUAUUCUAUUCAAUAUUUCAA